AUGACGCAAUCCAUAAUUGGGCAAAAUAGGUUUGCUUUCUGCAUCAUCGCGUUACUGAGUGUGCUGAUCGUGGCGGCGACGCUGGUCCCCACGGACCUCGAGAUUGACGCCGAAACGUACUUCGGGCGGCCCGACGGCGACGCGGCGCGCCGCGACGAGGGCUUCGGGCGCGGGCUGUUCAACGAGACGCAGACGGACGGCAAAUUCGACGUGCAGGCCGCCGCCAGGCUGUGGGAGCGGCACGUGGGGUGUGCAUCGUUCCGUGCGCGCCACCGCCACCUCAUCAACCGCUUCAGAGACCCCCUCGCCUUGCCGCCCAACCCCUCGCUGCAGGCACGCCCUCCCUCCCCUCGCUGCAGGCACGCCUUCCCUCCCCUCGCUGCAGGCACGCCUUCCCUCCCCUCGCUGCAGGCACGCCCUCCCUCCCCUCGCUGCAGACACGCCCUCCCUCCCCUCGCUGCAGACACGCCCUUUAUCAGCAACACACGUCUUAUACCAGUCGCCAUCCCUCUCUUGGUUAACUUGCAUUGCAUUGGUCUUCACAAGUCAACCCUGGCCUUCACAAGUCAACCCUGGUUUUCAUAA